UUUGCGAAAUCAUUUCCCAACUUCACAUCUAUAUCAUGCUAUGCGAAUUCUUGAUCCUUCCGAAUCUCCUGAUGAUCAAGAGUCUUUAAGAACAUAUGGUGACUCUGACAUAAAAUUUCUUGCUGACUUCUAUGGAGUCUCUAAACCAAUUACUCUUAACAAUACAUACCAUCCUCCGAUUAUCGAUAAUAAAGGUGUGAUACGGGAAUGGCAAAUGGCAAAAUAUUUAAUUCAUGGUUAUCGAAAUUUUUCGUUUAUGGAAGCUUGGAAAAAAAUUUGGGUUCAAAACUUUCAAUUUAGAAAUCAAUUUCCUCAAUUGACAAAAUUGGUGGAGAUUGCACUUACCAUGCCAAUUUCUAAUGGUACAGUAGAGCGCGUAUUUUCUCGUCACCAUUUGAUAAGAAAUGGAUUGAAUACUGAAGUUCUUAGUUAUUAUUUACAUUUAACCCUUAAUGCUCCUGAAUCAUGGGAAUGUUUUGAUUAUGAAAAAGCUUAUGAGUAUUGGAUUGAGCUUUCUAAAGCUAAUUAA